AUGCAGGCCAGUAAUUCACCAUUUUCACGAUAUAUAGUAUUUAUUACUCGUUCUAAAACUACUUCAGCUACAAAACCAGCCUAUUCAUAUAUUGCACUUAUAGCAAUGGCUAUACUUAAUAGCCCAGAAAAAAAAUUGACUUUAUCACAAAUCUGUGAAUUUAUCAUUAAUCGAUUCCAGUACUACAAAGACAAAUUUCCGGCUUGGCAAAAUUCUAUUAGGCAUAAUCUUAGUUUGAAUGAUUGCUUCAUAAAGAUUCCUCGUGAGCCAGGUAAUCCAGGCAAAGGCAAUUACUGGGCACUCGAUCCAAAAGCAGAAGAUAUGUUCGACAACGGAUCGUUUCUUCGACGGAGAAAGAGGUUGGUCAUUAUAGAAAACGUGUUCAAAAGGCAACCGAAUUCGCCCGAUUAUUCACCAGCUUUUCCAGGAGUACCAUUUGUAUCACCAUCACCUUACAUGCCUCCAUUUAUCUCUUCAGCAGUAGCAACGUUGCCUCGAAUCGCCAACAUUCAUCCGACUCUUCCACCAUAUUCGCCCCAUGCGGCUAUUGCCCAUAGCUUGACCGAACAUUUUCAACGUGCACCAACCGUCGGCUCCCAACCUACCCGUUUUGCAUACAUUCCUACUGGUAUGCCUCCAAAUAUUGAUCACCAAAAAGUUUUGGCUGCUAUGGCUGCUCGUAUAUCAAUUGAUUCUCCAGAUUCUGGUCAAACAAAUUGA